AUGAUGAACACUGGAGAUGAGGUUGUUCUCGCACUCACAGAUGACCUCGACACGGGUGACUCGCACGAUGGUGGCCAAUUCCCACCAUCCAGCCGUAGACUCGCGUUAGCCGGCCACUUUCUGUUCCGCACGAUGGCUAUCCUCAUCUAUUUCUUCUGCACUUGGUUCACUUCUUCCUUUGUGGUCCCAUUCGUCCUGGUCCUGAUAAGUUUAUCUUUGGAUUUCUGGUUUGUCAAAAAUAUUUCUGGCCGUAUCCUGGUCGGUUUACGUUGGUCCAGCUAUACCGAUGAGGAGGGCCAUACACGUUGGCGCUUUGAUUCACGCCCGGCAGCACCCGAACCCGCUGAAGGAGUAACGCUGACCCGACGGGAGGUGGCAGCCCGUGCUGCUCAGGCAAAUGCUGCUCGUUUAUUUUGGAUCGGCCUCGUUGUAACUCCGGUGGUUUGGGUUGUAUUCCUAUUGGCUUCGAUCUUUACGCUGCAUCUUCGUUGGGCAUUAGUCUGUGGUAUUGCGCUUUGUAUGUCGGGGGUCAAUCUGUACGCCUUCUGCCGCUGUUCCCUGGCGGAUAUGAAUCAAAACGUAUUAUCUAGUCUACAGGCCAAGGUGGCUCGGCAAAUGUUCACCGACUUUUGGUCAAAUCUCACGAAGAAGCCUGCUACCGGUGCUAGCGCUGGCGGAACCAGUUCCUCGGUCGGUAAGACAACCUUGGAAGCC